GGGCGGGAUGCCGCAGUGAGUUGCCGGCCAUGGGGGGCGCGAGCGCCUGCUUCCCGCUCUGCCUGCUGCUGGCCACCGCGCAGCUGGCCCGGCCGCAGACCCCAGAGAGACCUGUUUUCACAUGUGGCGGUAUUCUUACCGGAGAGUCUGGAUUUAUUGGCAGUGAAGGUUUUCGAAUGUACCCUCCAAACAGCAAAUGUACUUGGAAAAUCACAGUUCCUGAGGGCAAAGUGGUCGUUCUGAAUUUUCGAUUCAUAGACCUGGAGAAUGACAACCUGUGUCGCUAUGACUUCGUGGACGUGUACAACGGCCACGCCAAUGGCCAGCGCAUCGGGCGUUUCUGUGGCACAUUCCGACCUGGAUCGCUCGUAGCCAGUGGCAACAAGAUGAUGGUACAAAUGAUUUCCGACGCCAACACCGCUGGAAGUGGCUUCAUGGCAACGUUCUCUGCCGCUGCGCCAGAUGGAAAAGGGGACCGGUAUUGUGGAGGACGCCUUGAAAAACCUUCCGGUUCCUUUAAAACUCCCAACUGGCCAGACCGAGAUUACCCCGUAGGAGUUACUUGUGUGUGGCACAUCAUAGCUCCGAAGAACCAGCUCAUAGAGUUAAAGUUUGAGAAGUUUGAUGUUGAGCGCGAUAACUACUGCAGAUAUGACUACGUGGCUGUGUUUAAUGGUGGAGAAGUCAACGAUGCUAAAAGAAUUGGAAAGUACUGUGGGGACAGCCCACCUGUACCAAUCGUGUCUGAGAAAAAUGAACUCCUCAUUCAGUUUUUAUCAGACUUAAGUUUAACAGCGGAUGGAUUUAUUGGUCACUACAAAUUCAGGCCGAAAAAAUUUCCCACAACCACAGCCACGCCCAUCACCACCACAUUCCCCGUAACUACAGGUUUAAAACCCACUGUGGCCCUGUGUCAGCAAAAGUGUAGACGGAUGGGGACUCUGGAGAGCAAUUAUUGUUCAAGCAACUUUGUGUUAGCUGGCACAGUCAUCACGACGGCCACUCGAGGCGGGAGUCUGCAUGCCACAGUCUCGAUCAUCAGCAUAUACCGGGAGGGCAACCUGGCCAUUCAGCAGGCUGGCAAGAACAUGAGCGUCAAGCUCACUGUGGUCUGCAGACAGUGCCCCCUUCUCAGACGAGGUCUCAAUUACAUUAUCAUGGGACAAGUCGGUGAAGAUGGGCGUGGCAAGAUCAUGCCAAACAGCUUUGUCAAGAUGUUCAAGAAUAAGAAUCAGAAGCCCAUGAACGCCCUGAAGAACAAGCAGUGUUAGCCUGUGCUCUGUCACAUAACCUGAACUCGCUCAUCACCGCUGAACGAUCUGUUCUGUCCACUUAGAAAAAAGCAAAACGAAACCCGUGCUAUUUAAUACUGAGCGUUCUGAGAGAAGGAGCCGCGUUACUCCUCCAGUGACGGAUGUGCGAACCCGGCCCCUGUUUUGCUGGUGGAAGACCUGCGCCUGCGCCUGAGGUCAGGCAUCUGAGAGCCCUUCCACCCACUGCCUGAUGGGAAACAACAGCUAGCACCGGCCGCUGGAAACUUGUACAUACAUACGUCUGUAGGAGGAUAUUCUAGAGUCGAGUUGUAAGAAGAUAUAAAAGAGAAUUUUAUAAAGUGCAAUAUUUAUAAUAUUUGGUCACCUUCAAGCAUUUGCUCUGAGGUGUCACAUUCUCCUUUCUCUUGCAUUUUUUAAGUCAAUGCUUAAUAAAAUGUUUUAAAUGAU